AGCUCUGCCCGAUGGAGCUGAAGGCGUCUUGCAGCUUGUUGACCAGCGGGAUGAGCUCCUCCAUGCCCCGGUUGCCCAUGGCGGCGCGGCGGUGCCGGGCCCGCGCUCCCGGCGGCGGCUCCUCCUCACGGGGCCCGCGGCGGCGGCGGCGGCCAAACUUCCCCUCAGAGUCUCCUCAUCCGGCACCGCCGGGCCCGCCCCGCUCCCGCAGCGCGCGUCGCCAUUGGCCGGCUGGGCUGCCCGUCACGGGAGCGCGCGGAGCGGAGUGGAGCAGGGAGCUGCCAAUCAUUGUAAAGGGCGGGACCUUAAAGACAAGCCUGCUUCCUAUUGGUCGCUGGGCCGUCGCUCAUCGCUCACAGCCAAUGGGAGGUGGCGCUGCUGUGUCAGCUGAGGCGGCGGGGACGCGGUCCCGCCCCUCAGCGGUUCCGCCAUUGAAUUGGCGGACGGAGCUUCCCUCGGGAGCGCAGCCCCGGGAGCCCGCCCUGCUCCGCUUCCCCGCCCUCCCUGCCGUUAGACAGCGCGCCCGCCACUCCCAGCGGGCUGGCCGAUGCAGCCGAGAGAGGAGUCUUAAGGAACAGAAAAGCCUCUCGCAGUGGAUCAGCCGGCCAUCUGUCAGCGAGGCCUUCUCGCCGACUGGCUGCUCCGGUGUUUCGCGGCGCUCCCGUGACCGCCGAGCGUCGUGCGUUCGCUCGCGGGGAACGGCAGCCCCGAAGCGAAGCCCCGGGGCUGGAACCCCCCGGGAAACGCCUGGGGAUCCCCCAGGGCCCAGAAGCAGCAGGAAUUGGCUCGGCUCCGUGCCUUGUCGGGGUUUCGAGGGGUCUCUGCUGAGUUCGGGCGAUCUCCGGGGGUCUCUGGGCGGCUCCGGCCUCGGCCGUUGCCCAUCCCCACAAGGCCCAACAUGGCCCCCGCGUUGCCGUGGUAACGGUCACUUCCGCCGGCGGCGCCACCGCCUCUUCCGGUCACGUGCGCCGAAGAUGGCGGCGCCCGCGGCGGGGCCGGCGCCGGUGCUGCGGAUCGUGGCCGAGUGCGGGCGGAGCCGCGCCCGGGCCGGGGAGCUGCGGCUGCCGCACGGCACCGUGCCCUGCCCCGUGUUCAUGCCCGUGGGCACCCGCGGCACCGCCAAGGGCCUGACGGCCGCGCAGCUCGCGGCGCUCGGCUGCCGCAUCUGCCUCGGCAACACCUUCCACCUGGGCACGCGGCCGGGCUCGGAGCUGGUCCGGCGUUCCGGGGGCCUCCACGGCUUCAUGGACUGGCCCCACAACCUGCUGACGGACAGCGGGGGGUUCCAGAUGGUUUCCCUGCUGGAGCUGUCGGAGGUGUCGGAGGAGGGGGUGCGCUUCCAGCCCCCCCACGGCGGGGAGCAGAUCCUGCUGAGCCCCGAGAAAUCCAUGGAGAUCCAGAACGCUCUGGGGGCCGAUAUCGUGAUGCAGCUGGACGAUGUCGUGAGCAGCACCACGACGGGGCCGCGCGUCGAGGAGGCCAUGCACAGGUCGGUGCGCUGGCUCGAUCGCUGCGUGGCCGCUCACGCCCGCCCGGAGCAGCAGCUGCUCUUCGCCAUCAUCCAGGGGGGGCUGGACCCCGAGCUGCGCCUGCGCUGCAUCCGAGCCAUGACCCAGCGGGACGUGCCCGGCUUCGCCAUCGGGGGCCUGAGCGGGGGCGAGGCCAAGGCGCGGUUCUGGCGCACGGUGAAGCUGAGCACCGAGCACCUGCCCCGGGACAAGCCCCGCUACCUGAUGGGCGUGGGCUACGCCACCGACCUGGUGGUCUGCGUCGCGCUGGGCUGCGACAUGUUCGACUGCGUGUUCCCCACCCGCACGGCGCGUUUCGGUUCCGCCCUGGUGCCCUGGGGGUCCCUGCAGCUGAAAAAUCAGCAAUUCGCCAAAGAUUUCCGGCCCAUCGACGCCGACUGCGGCUGCCCCACGUGCCAGAGGUAUUCCCGGGCGUACCUGCACGCGCUGCUGCGCUCCAACACGGCCGCGCUGCACCUGCUCACCCUGCACAACAUCGCCUACCAGAUGAAGCUGAUGGGCUCCAUCCGGGACAGCAUCCUGCGGCAGCGCUUCCCGGAGUUCGUGCGGGAGUUCAUGGACGCCAUGUACGGGGGGCGGGGGGGGCCCCCCUCCUGGGCUCGGGAGGCUCUGGAGUCGGUGGGAAUCACCCUGGGCUGAGGGGAGCCCCCCCGAUCCCUGGGGAGCCCCCCCGAAUCCCUGGGGAGCCCCCCCGGAUCCCUGGGGAACCCCCCCGAUCCCUGGAGACCCCCCGGAUCCCUGGGGAACCCCCGGAUUCCUGGGGAACCCCCCCGAUCCCUGGAGACCCCCCGGAUUCCUGGGGACCCCCCCCAGAACCUCCCCCAUUUUCAGGGGAAAUCCCUCCCAGUUCCCAGGCUCUGCCCUCCCCCCCGUGUAUUUUUAUACUUUUUUUGUGGGUUUUUUUUUUUUUUUUUUACUAUUUUGGGGUUUUUAAGGGGUGGGAAAUAAAAGAGUUUGGA